AGGGAUCUUCGUCAGGAGGCGACGGCGGCACCGCUGUGACAUCACCCCGCGGCUUAUAUAGUUGGGGAAGGGUCUGUGUCCCCCGUCUGGUGCAUGCAGCCGCCCGACAGCACGCGUGCGGAGGGCGUGGAGCGGCGGGGCUCUGUCUGUCUGUCUGUCUGUCUCUCUCUCCGUCUCUCCUCAGGAUUUAUGGACUUUACUUUCUAGAGGGCGGCGCGGCAAGGAUGAGAGUCCAGCUAGUGUGCGUGGUGCUGCUGGCCCUGGCCUCCUGCAGCCUCUGCUCAGAUUCAGAAGAGGAAAUGAAAGCAUUAGAAGCAGAUUUAUUGACUAAUAUGUACACAUCAAAGAUUAACAGAGCAAAACUUCCUUACUGGAAAAUGACCCUGCUAAAUGUCUGCAAUCUUGUCAACAACCUAAACAACCAAGUGGGAGAGAUAGUAGAGGUAGAUGAAGAGGAUCUCAUUACAGGAAGACAGCUUCCCUCUCCUCUGGAUGGCUUCAGCUUGGAAGCAAUGCUAACAGUAUAUCAACUCCAAAAAGUUUGCCACAGCAGAGCCUUUCAGCAUUGGGAGUUACUUCAGCAAGAUGCUUUUGAUCUAGAGAACUCAAGCCAAGAAAAGGAAAUAAUGAAGAGAAAAAAUCCCUAUAUUCUGAAACGGCAGCUACAUGUGAACAAAGCUAGAAGACCAUACAUACUCAAGAGAAGUUCAUAUUACUGAUACAGCAGAAGAAAACAAUGUAUAUUUAGUUUAUAGGUAACUGUGUAUUAUGGUUAUCUUAUCUAAAUCUAAAAUCAUACUUGUGUGAAAAUAUACCAUGGAAAAUCAAGAUGAUAACAUAGCUGUGUCUUUUUUGCAAUUGCUGUUUCUCGAAUGUGAAUUUUUCCUACUUGAGAUUAAUUGGACUAAUACAUUUGCAAAUAAAACUAGUUUUUAAGCAUGAUGUAUUGUACAAAACUGAGAUUUCAAUAUACUUACAAUAAUCUUGUAGUCUUCUCCAAUUUUAUAAAGGACACCAACAUAACACGAAGGAAAUUGAUAUUGACCAUAAAUCCUGCUGAGAAUCUUACAAUUUCUUAAUGCAACAUGUUAAACAUAUAUAUGUUUCCAAUUUUUUUAUAAUGUGCUAGUAAGAACUGCCACAGUAUUUUAUGUAUUGGCCAUUAAUUUAUUAAGGAAUAGGUCUAAGGAAGGAAGGGAAUACUAUCAACUAACUAUUAAACGGCAACUUCAAAAUUAAUAUUUUAACUAGCCUGCUUGUAAGUGAAUUUUAAGUUCUUGACUUCUAACUUGCCACUGAAGACUAAUUAUUUAGGAAAACAAUACAUAAUGGGACUUUUAAAAAGUAUGCUAGUGAAAACAAACCUAGAUGUGCUUCAGAGUCUUGUAUAUCACUAACUAAAUAAUUUAUUAAAUCACUAAAAGAAUUUACAGUGUUUACCUAAUCUACGCAUGCUCAGGAAAAAAAAAAAAGACAAAACUAAUUCAUGUCCCAGUGUUGUCACCAUUAAAAAUCAAAAUAGUAAUCUGAUUACAUGAGAAACUUGGGGAAGUAUUCGAAAGAUGAAUUGAAAUUAGAACAUCUUAAAGUUACAACUAAAAGUCAUUUCCUUUCCUUACCUCUACAAUUUUGUAAUAAUAGUCAGUUUCAAGGUUAAGACAGUCUUGGAGGCUAAUUGAGAGGGAAGUUCACAGAAUGGGAAAAAUUGUUUUCAAGUGCAAGGAAUCAAUUUCCACCUGAAAGUUACAUAUUUUCCCACUCUGUGGUGUGUGCAUAAGAUUUGGGAUCUCAAUGAUUCUGAGUUCCAGUCUGGAGGAAAACAGGCUGAAAGGACUGGGAGCCACAGCAACUAUAAAAAUAGAGGGAUAGUGCAAGCCCUAUGAAGCCUGGAUGCUCAGACCAAGAGGCAAAAUGGGACAGACAUUUUUGAAAACUUGCCUGUUUUCUGGCUGAGGUAUUUUCUCAAAGCAAUUCUGCAAAAACAAACAGAUAAAUAUCCCCUCCAGAACUACUCCCUAAAACCAACUAAAUAAAAAAACAAACCAAAACCAGAAACACCCUCACCCCCCCCCCUCCAAAAAAAAAAAACCAGACCCAGAACCAAAACCACUCUGAGAAUUUCCAAAUCCUCUCACAGGUUAGAUUUUCUGCCAAUUAUUAUUAAACAUAUACAGGGAUAUGCAUAGAAAGAACAUACCCAUACCAAUGGUUAUACCAACUUUGUUACAUGGGGAGGGAUGCGGUUUUUUGCAGUAAAAUUUAUUUUCGCUGUACUAAAACUAAUUAUAUUUCUUUUUCUUAAUGCAAAUGUUAUUAAUCAGUUUAUUCAUUCAAUAACCAUUAAAUGUAUGCACUGACAAGAUAUAACUGAGCAUUCACUAAUUAUUGUAAUAAUCACUAUGACUUGAAUACAACAAAGCACUUAAACACAUUCAGUCUCAAUGUUUUAAAUGCUUAAUGUACUUCAGGGCUUUGCUUAAAUAAGGUUCUAGUAAAUUCAUACCUUCAUUUUUUUUACAAAACUGUCAUAUAAUUAGACUGGAAACCCAGUAUACUCUCAAGUGGCUAACAUUCUCUUUCCAACAGACCUAUAAGAUCCCUAGUCCUAUUGUGGUUAUUUUACAUUCUGAAUUAUCUUUUGGUCCGAAAUUACAAAGCAAAACAGAGGUUGUUCCAAAAUUCACUACUAGCAGUAUAUAAGGAAAAAAAUAAAAAGAGACUUCAGAUUGCUUUUUCAUGAGAAACACAGAAGAAUAAGACAAAAAAAUAGGUUGCCAUUAUAUUUUUCUGUCAUGUUCAGUGUAAGAGUAUAAGAGCUAAAAAAAAAAAAGUAGGAUAAGGUAAUAUGGUCUUCAUAUCUUCAAUGUACACUUUUCAAAAAAAAAACCACACUUCCAUGUUUCAUUUUGGAGGUGAUUUAGAUAUUCAGGGUGAUGGCAGAGGACCUCAAAUGAUGAUAUUAAUGGUUUCACCCUCAUCUAGUGCCCCAUGCUCGAGUUGGACUUACCUUGUGACUGUGUACUUGAUCCUUGAAGUGCAGAGCUAACAGACUGGCUGAAAAUGGCUUUAAAUAACCCAUUUCCUUUCAGCAUACUGUGAAUCCACACACAGCCAGCUAUUAUGUGUCACUAGAGGAGGCAGAGGCUAAAGCAUGUCAGGAAAGUAUAUCUUGUCAGGUGUCCCUAGUCUCUGAUGGAGGUGUCCAGGGACCUGUCAGAGGAAUGGCAUUCAGAGUGACAGUCUGAACUAGAUAAGGAAACAAAAUCCAUAACCGUAACAUGGUCAGUUAAGCUACAAAAGUCAAUGCUGCUGAUUCAGCUUUUUGGUCACUCAUGAAAAGCAAGCAUAACAAUGUUAAAAUAUUAGAAAAUAUACUUAAACCAUAGAAUUAAGCCAGGUGCACAGAGAUGUUAAAGGAAAUUUUGAAGUCUGGGAGACCUUUAUUUGCUUCAAAUAUCUCACUUCUGGCUGUUGCUUCCUCCUGAUGACCUCCCUGCUGUGGAAUUGCAGCUUUCCUUUAGCCUUCACUUUUGGAUGGUGGCAGCAAAAAA